AUGGAGCCGGCCGGGCCCUGUGACUUCUGCCCGGCGGGGGAGGGCCAACCCGCGCGUUACACCUGCCCUCGCUGUAAUGCGCCGUACUGCUCGCUGCGCUGCUAUCGGGCGCAUGGCACCUGCGCAGAAAACUUCUACCGUGACCAGGUGCUGGGAGAGCUCCGCGGCCGCAGCGCCUCGCCCAGCCGCCUAGCGAGCGCCCUACGCCGGCUGCGUCAGCAACGCGAAACCGAGGACGAGCCUGGGGAAGCAGGCCUCAGCCCCGGCGCGGCGCUCGACGGCCUCUCGGGACUCUGGGAGCGGCUGGCACCGGCCGAAAAAGCAGCCUUCGAGCGGCUGCUGAGCCGCGGUGAGGCCGGGCGGCUGCUGCCUCCAUGGCGGCCCUGGUGGUGGAACCGCGAAUCCGUAACGUCGCUCCUAGAGGAGCUGGAUGAUGCCCCGGGCAGUGAUGCCGCGGGGUUGGAGCCCGCCCCUGCGAGGACCCCGCAGGAAUCCGUGAAAGUUGCCUCCGCCGCGGAGCCUGUGGCCGCCGGGCGGGUUCUUGGACAUGCUCCAGGGACCUUUAUGCCCGCCGUGCCCACCCGCAUCCCCGCGCUCGUCAGCUUGAGCCGCGGCCCAGUCUCGCCGCUCGUGCGAUUCCAGCUGCCCAACGUGCUGUUCGCCUACGCGCACACUCUUGCCCUGUAUCACGGUGGUGACGACGCACUGCUCUCUGACUUCUGUGCCACACUGCUCGGCGUUUCCGGAGCACUGGGUGCCCAGCAAGUCUUCACUUCUGCGGAAGAAGCCCUGCAGGCCGCAGCCCACGUGCUGGAAGCUGGCGAGCACCCGCCUGGGCCUCUGGGCACUCGAGGGGCUAUGCACGAAGUUGCUCGCAUCCUGCUGGGCGAGGGCCUGGCCAACCAGAAAGGCUACACGCUGGCAGCACUGGGACACCUGGCACAGACCCUGGGCCGUGCCCGGAAACAGGCUGUGGCUAGAGAAGAGCGAGAUCACCUUUACCGGGCCCGGAAGAAGUGCCAGUUCCUCCUGGCCUGGACCAACGAAAAUGAGGCUGCCCUCACACCGCUGGCUCUAGGCUGCGCCAGGGUUCAUCGAGCCCAUGCUGUGGCAGCGCAGGAGGUGGCUGCCCUCACUGGGGAGCUGGAGCGACUUUGGGGCGGCUCCGUGCCACCUGCCCCAAGGACUCUCAUCGAGGAGCUUCCUGGCUGAACUGAGGACCCUUGUCAAUAAUAAAGCUGUGACUGGUCA